AUGGAAAAGCAAUUAUUAGCUUUGCUCACUGUAACACUGUUAACAUCAGCAGCCUAUUUCAUGAACGGCAAAGAUGAGAGUCUUACACUUGAAGGAUAAUUCUCAUCUUGGAAAUAAUAGCAUGGAAAAAGAUACUCAGACUACGAAGAAAUCCAUAGAUUCUCAGUGUUUGCUUCAAAUUUAGCUCAAGUUAUGGAACACAAUUAAAGAUUCGAACUUGGAUAAGAAACCUUCACUUUGGGAAUGAACUAAUUUGCAGACCUUACCCCUGAAGAAUUCCAAGCCUCAUACUUGACACUUAAACCCAGAGCUCCAGAAAGAAAGAAUAUCAAGAGCGUAUCUGGAUUAAGAUUCCCAGAUACAGUUGAUUGGAAAGAUGGAUUGACAGUCAAAAAUCAAGGUAGUUGUGGUUCUUGCUGGGCCUUCUCUGCUGCUGCUGCCCUUGAAGCUGGUUUCCAUCAUCACAAAAAGAAUAAGGUUAACAUUUCUGAAUAAGAAUUUGUUGAUUGCGCCACAGCCAAACUUGGAUAUGAAAGCGAAGGAUGCAAUGGUGGUUGGAUGGAUGAUGCCUUUGAUUACACUCUUAAUUAUGGUGUUACCACUGAAGAAGAAUAUCCUUACAAGGGAGUCGAUUAACCAUGCCCAUCAGAAUUCAAAAAGAAGUACUUCAUUGAUGCAUUUGUUGAUGUUGAACCAUUGAGCUCUGACGCUCUUCAUGAGGCCAUCGCCAAAACUCCAGUCUCGUAAUAUAAUUUUCUAUAUUAUUUAGUGUCGCUAUCAAAGCCGAUGGAAUCUUAUUCCAACUUUACAGCAGUGGUAUCUAUUCCAGAACUUGCACUGCCAAAACUAUUGACGACUUGAACCACGGUGUUUUGGCUGUUGGUUAUGCCAAAGAUUCUUACACUAUCAAGAACUCUUGGGGAGCCAGUUGGGGAGAAAAGGGUUACAUGAGAUUAGCUCUUAUCGCUGCCAAAGAAGGACAAUGUGGUAUUCAUUGGGUUCCAUCAUAUCCAGUCCUUUGAUAUUAAUCAUAUAAUGUUUAAUUAAAUAUUCAAAUUU